CUAGUGACCUUCUGUGAGUUGAGUGUAGCCGGCAGCGCGAGACGGUGUUCUAAGAUGACAUGGUGAUAAAAAGGAAUAAUAUUUAUGUGUUGAUAUAUUCUCCGGGUCGUCUGCUCGGAUCUUAGAGUAGACGAACAAAGUAAAGUUGGAUUAAAAUUAACAGAAUCAGGAUGGAAGAGGAUGAUUAUAGAACAGAGAGUGAAGUUGAACCAGACAGUGAUCAUGAUGAUCAGGAGGAAGAAUCACAACUCAGUCGCUGGUUGGCCAAUACAAAUAAUUUCUCUACGGAGCUGGACUCCGACCAAACUGGAACAGUUCGGCGCCGAAAUAAAACGGUGGUUACCCCAAAGAUGGCCAUGGAAAGUUUCAGAUUCUCAUUCCUAAAUAAUGAAGAAAAUCAAGAUAUUAAUUUUGAUGCCAUUUUAGGUGAAUUGUGUGAACUAGAAACACAGCUAAGCACAACACAAUCAGAACUUUCCAAUAAUUUAAAGUUUCCUCCGGGCAUGGUUAGUGUUGCAAGGGAGGAAACUAAAGAUGGCGGAAGUGACACAAUACAAGCAGAGUUAGAUGCCUUAGCAGCGGAAAUAACACAAGGUUUAGGAUGUAGCCGAAUUACACAUUACAAUUUACAUGGAAAUAUGUCUUCCCGCGAGUGUUAUGACGCUGGUGAAACUGACUCUGCCUUUUCAGACAAUGCUUCCCUUCCUUCAUCCGAAUCAUUCACUUCCAUGGCAACAGUUUCGUCUUCAACGGAUACUACUUCAUCAUCUUCAGGAGAUACAUGCAGUACUAUGUCAUAUGUUCCUGUCCAAUCAGAAGAGGAACAAAAAGCAAGACUGAAAGCCGAGAAAAUACGAAUUGCCCUAGAAAAAAUCAAAGAAGCCAAAAUAAGAAAGUUAUUUGUGCGAGUAUUUGCUGAAGAUGGAAGUAGUAAAAGUAUAUUAGUUGAUGAGAAGAUGACAGUAGGACAAGUGACAGGAGUUUUAGCAGAUAAAAAUCACAUCUGUUUAAACAGUAACCUUGCUGUUAUAGAGCACAUGCCAGAUUUAUUUAUGGAGAGAAUAUUAGAAGAUCAUGAUUCAUUGGUAGAAAAUAUGGUAAUGUGGACACGAGAUUCAAAAAAUAAAAUAUUGUUUGAAGAAAGACAACAAAAAUAUGAUCUUUUUAAACAACCAGAGAAAUAUUUAUUACAUGGAUCUACAUCAGAGAAGAGUGUUAGUUUAGCCAGUGGACAAAGAGAUAGAUUAUUACAGGAGUUCUAUUCACGAGGAGGAUCACAUGCACCUGAGGUGGAAGGAAUGUUGUAUCUGAAGGCAGACGGAAAGAAAUCGUGGAAGAAAUAUUUCUUUGUUCUAAGAGCAUCUGGUCUGUAUUAUAACCCAAAAGGAAAAAUUAGCAAGGCAUCUAAGGAUUUGGUUUGUUUGGUUCAGUUUGAUUUUGUAGAAGUCUAUCACGGAUUGAACUGGAAGAAAAAAUAUCAUUCACCUACUGAUUUUACUUUUGCUCUCAAGCAUCCACAGAUACAGAAAAAGACAUCAAAAUAUAUCCGUUAUUUCUGUGCUGAGACAGAUCAUUGUUUAGAUAGGUGGAUUACUGGUAUUCGAAUGGCCAAGUUUGAUAAACAACUUCAGACAAAUUAUGAUAAACUUCUACUAGAUAUCAGUACAUGGGAUGAGAGAGAAGAAACAAACAAUCAGUUAUCAGAAAUAUUAGAUCAACCAUUAUUGAAAAACUUGGGAAAUUUACAAGACAGUCAAAUGUCCAUACCUGAGCCUGGUUCUCGACAUUCUAUAAUAACAGUAGUCAACGCGUCAUUAGUUCGUGAUUCUUCAGGUAGCGAUAGUCCUAAAGAUGUUGUUGGCUUUGACGCCACGCCAGUACCGCAAAGGAAAGGCUCUGCCUCUGCUUCUUCAGAGUCGCCUCAACAUAAGGCACCGGUUAAACGUGUCUCUUUCAGCAACACUCAUUCAGUCAUAAAUCCUACAACAAAUGAAGAAAUGCUGACUCCAUUACGGCACCGUGACUCUAUAACAAGUGCAUCAACUGACUCAAGUGAGGAUUCCACAUCAAGUGGAGAAGGUCGACAUGGCUUUGCACCACGAAGUAAAAUCAGAGCCAAAUUGCCAGUGACAACAGAAACCACACGUCAGUUAUCUGAAAUGUUUAGUGCUAGUGUUGAUUCACCAACUGGAGAAUGUAAUUUCUCAGAAGAGAACAGGAGAUCAGUUAUCAUGAACAAUUCUGAAAGACGGCGAUCAGCAUCUUCAUUGACAGAGAGAAGAGGGUCAUCAGAUAGUGGUCACAGUCGUGAUCGGCGCGGAUCCUUCGGCAAAGGUCAUUCAUCUUCAUCUCAUUAUUCUUCAACAAGCAGUCGACAUUCUAAUUCUAGUGACGUUAAUCAUUACGCUGCUAUUCAACAGCCAGCUCUGAAAGCAGGUCAGAGUUUCUACACUGCAGGACACUUAAGCAAUGGAGGUUCUGUGGAUGAAGAUCUAUAUCAACAAGUGUAUGAGGAUCCAUUUCCUCCUCCGCCAGUUGAGAAUCCUGAGGAACUUUACACUCAGGUUGUCAAAUCUCAAGCUCCACCUCCAGCUGUACCUGCAACUCAUAUGAAACCCCCACCUCCUAAACCACCAAUCAAACCACCUUGCGCUCCUCCUGCACCUCCAUCACAACACACACCACAGGAAGAAAACCCAUAUCAGGCAUCAGGAUAUCAACAAUCACAACAUUUUCAGUAUCCGACUGAACAACCACAAUCUCCAGGUUAUUCACCACAAGAGGCAGGAUAUCCUCAACAUCUACCACAAAAUAUCCAGCAACAAAAUCAUGCAAAUCUUCAACAUCAACUGCAACAGGAUCAUCAUCAUGCUUCUCAAUCUCCACCACCUGGAUCUCCAAUAGCCAAAGCUGCAUCACAGAAUCUUCCACAAACACGACCUCCAUGUGCUAAUGUGCCACCACAACCUCCUUCAGCUGCUGGAAAACCUCCUCUUAAGGUCAAUGGAAAUGCUCCCCCACCACCUCCCGUUAAAACACCAGCCAUGGCACCACCUGCACCUCCAGUAGUUGCCUCUUCACCAUCAGCCCCACCUGUAGCUCCUAAACCACAGAGCAAUUCCUCUCCUCUAAAUACUAUGCAGAAAUCCCAGAAUGGACCACCUACUCCUCCAGCAGUGAAGCCAAAGCCUAUGUCAUCUCCUCUUAGUCCACAACUUUCACGUGGACCUGAAGGACCUAGUCGUAAUCAAACUAAUAAUUCAGCAGCACAAAAACCUCCUGCAGUAGCUCCUAAAGGGCCAAUCAAAAUUCCCAAACCAGCACCCUUGUCUGUGGCUAAUGGGAACCAUGCUGGUCCUAAAAUGAAUGGUUCUCCUGUAUUGAGAAAUGGACCCCAAUCUCCAGCAUACAAUCGUGCCCAGGCUUCACCCAAGGCACCAACCUCUCCUUGUGAACAGAAACCGCCGAAAAUAUCCCAUGUGAAAUAUCCAUCGACAGGUUCUCAGUACAUUACAAAUAACAACAACAGUGGACCAAAAUCACCGACAUCGCCUAAUCAACUUCCAUUUUUAUCAGAACUGAACAAAAAUUCACAGAAUCGCACACAAGGUAAUAAUAGUUCGACUGCUGACGUAUCACACGCGGUUCAACAAUCACCAAAUACACGCAAUCAUAGACGUUCUGCUUCCGCAGGCAAUGCUGUAGUUAAGCAAAAAGACGGUAAGAAAGCACCACCUCCUCCAAAACGUAGUCAACACACGCGAUUAUCAUCAGACUCUUCUCGUGAAAUAAAAUUAGAACCCCAAGUGAUUGAUCCAAUAUAUGAGAACUGUGAAGGAAUUAUGGAUAUCAAUGAUCUCCCUCUUCCUCCACCAGAACUAUUAGACAACUACCAAAAUCCUUUGGAUUUAAAAAUGGCGACUAACGGAAAUAAAGUCAAACCACCCCCUCCCCCUCCUAAGAGGAAUCGAGAAACUCAAUUGACACCCCAAUGAUGAACAUUUUUCGCAGAUGUCAGCUGUGUUUAUAUGUAUUAUAUGACUGUGUUAUUUUGAAUGUUGUCACUGUAAGCAUCUAAUGUUUACAGUCAAACAUAAACAACAAGUGUUUUAGAUUACAUUUUUUUUUCGUAAACUUCAUGUACAAAAGAAAAGAGUUUUAUUAAAUUGUUUUGAUAAAGUGAAAUAAUUAUAGUUGUCAGUCAGGAAGUGAAAUGAUCAGAUAACUUUGAAAAGGUUUGUGUGUGUGUUAGUGAAACAAUGAUCAAAUAGUGAAAAGAUUGGAUCAAACCUUAAAGUGUUAGAUUAUGCACAUAGUUGCUACACGUUAAUUGAAAAGUGAAAAACCAAGGAUUCAUAGCAAUUUUUAUACCAAUAAAGUGGAUUUUUAUUUUGGAAGUGAAACAAUUAAAAUGUAAAGUGAUUUGAUGAAGAAAAACCAUCAAUUAAGAAUUAAGUGAAAUGUUAAGAAGAUCUGGUGUUGAUGAUUGUGAAUUGAAAACUUUGAUGAACAGAUAGAUCUAAUAAAUUACAAUAAAGAUUUAAUACUUACUAAUUUUAUUAUACAUUUACAAUUUUUAUCAACAUCAUAAAUUAUGUCUAUAUCUUCCAAUUGAAUACACUUUUUUAAAGAUAUAUAUGUAAAUAGCCAUUCCUAAGUCCAAAACUUAGAAUCAUAAUAUAUAAAUAUAUACAUAUAAAUAUAAUAUAUUCCGCUAUGUUUUUAUAUGCUACUGCUUUUUUUAUCUCGGAAAGUGUGUGCCAUGUGAUUUUUUUUCCAAUUUUUUUAUGCAUGUACAAAUGUGUUCUCUGGUAGAAAAAAUUAUAACAUUUUAAAGUGACUUAAAACUGAAACACUAGUUCCAAAAUGAUUACUGUGAAUAUUGUUAGGUUAUUAUUAUUGAAGGGGUAAUUAAAUAAACAUGUACUCUAUGUAGGACACAAAUUCACUGAAAUAAAAAGAAAUCAUCACCAAAUUAUUUUAUCAUAUUCAGCUUUUCACAAUAACAUAGAAGUUAUUGCGAAUCUCAUGUUCACAUUUUCAAAUAAUUUACAUAUAAACCAGAGGGUGUUUGAGCUGCUUAUGGUGUGUGACAUUUUAAUAUUUAUACAAUUUACUGGAAUGUGGUUUAAAUAAAAAAAAUUCUCAAAUUGAUUUUCUUUGUUUGCUUGGUUAGAUAUAUGAUGGUUGCUAUGGUUUUAUUAGAUACAUGGUUAGAGUAAUUGUGGUUUCUAAUCACAACUGUGAUAGGGACAACAAUCACUGGUUUAUUGGAAAUUGCAAUUUUUAAAGAUAACAAAAAUAUUAUAUGCAUUUUUUCUGAAAAUAACCAUAUUUAUAUCAUAGUUCAGGUUGCCAUAGCGAUUAUCUUAGAUCUAGCCAAUGAGAAUGACUGUCUCAAUAUGGUGUACUGUUUAUAUAAUUAUUGUAACAAUUUUAUCAAUGUUCUUGGCGAGUUAUGAAAAGCAGUCUGAUAGGUUUCGUUUAUUAUAUGUAAAUAAAUUAUUUAUAAAUGAAAUAAAACGGGGUUAAAAGUCCUAGGCUAAUGAAGAUGGGAAAAUUAUUUUGAACUUACAAGGCAAAAUUCAAUUUUCGUGUUUUUAGCUUGACAAACAAUAGUCAAAAGGAAAUCACAUUGUUAAAAGGUGUGCCAAAUAUUGUAUUCUCACAAAAAUCUUAUAGAAAAUUCUGAAAAAAUUGAUGGCCAUAGAAAUUUAUGUACAAGUAACAUCAGAUGUUCCAAAAAUGAAAAUGUGGCACCCCAAUAUGUGAUUUUAGUAAAACAGACUAUUAUUGUACAUGUAUUUAAUUUUAAAAAAACACCCAACAACAUUAUUAGGUCCAAUCAGUAAGUUAUUUAAUGGGGAAAUCGAGGAGAGGAGAGGGUGCAGUUCUGGUGUCGAUUUCACUAAAUGGCAUAAGUAUAGAAAAUCAGAAAAAAUACAAAUGUAUGAUAGAAAAAUAUCCAAUCAGUGAGUUAUUUAAUGGGGAAAUCGAAAGAACCGAAAAUCAUACUUAAGUACAAAUCUAUAAGAAAAGCCAUAGUUAUCUUCAGUUAGUGAAAUUGGCUCCUAAUGCAAUAUUAUAUGGCAGUAAAGGACCACCAUUGUUUUAGCAAAAUAAUUAAGGGACAGGUGAAAAUCAUGUGAUCCACUCUUGUAAUUAUUUGUGCAUCUCAAAGUAUAAAUUUUAUAGUAGCUGAAUACAGAUUGGUUCUAUUUCUGUUUGUUUUGUUAUUGUUUUAGUUGUUUUGUUACUGAUGUUGUUAUUCUCUAGUCACUCUUAUAUAUUUAUAUUAAUGAUCCCUCAGCAGUUGAAAUUUCAGGGAUACUGCUUUGUACAUUUAAAUGUUGCUUUCUAUGUCCACAAAAUCAUCAUGCAAUUAUUAAAUAUUAAAAUAUCAUUAUUUUUUGUAAGUUAAAGAUAUAAGUUUGGGUCUUCUGUUGGUAAAACCUGAUUCACCAAAGCUUUUUUGUCUCUAGAACGUGAAUACAUUUGGAAUGGAGACGCUCUUUGGUAUAUGAUGGUUUGUUGUUGGGAAUAUCACUUAUAAUAAAUAUACAAGAGAAAAAUUAAAAUUGUUGAUUAAAUUCUCCAUUUGUUUGUAGUGCUGUAAAAGGGUUAUUCAAGGGUUUUAUGAGGGUAUGUUUAAUUUAAAGCAUAAUAAAAUAAAAGACUUUAUAGUCAAGUGUUUACUGCAUAAUAUUUAAGUUAUUUUAUCCUGCCAAAUGUAAGGGAAAAAGAUCUAAUGUGGAGUUACAGAUUCAGAUAAUUUUAUAUUUAUUUACUUAAUGGUUUUUAACCUUAAAAAUGUCAGAUACAAAAAAAAGUAUCAUUUGUACAUUCUUUUGUUGAUUUUAGUGGAUAUACAAGAAUUUUUCAUUUCAAACAUUAAGCAAUUAUGUAUAAUUUCAGAUUUUUAAAGAAAAUGUUUUUUUGUUUUGCAAUAUCGGUAUAUUCUCUUACUUUACAUUUUCUAUGACGAUAUCGUGCAGAGCUGAUUGAUUCUCGGUAGAAUCCUAAUUUCUCGUUAAUUUUAUUUAUUUUGCGGGUUUGUCUCAAUUGGCAAAAGUGUAACUAUAUAACCUAAGAUUGUAUCAACCAGACUGUCCAUAAUCUUUAAUUAAUAGAAGAAGUAUAACGUAGUCUUUAAUCUUUUUAGACUUUUUCAACCUGUCAUUUUAUUCAUGAUAAAAGAACUGUAUAUGUAUAAAUCUUAUUGUUAAGAAAAGACUAUUUAAUCUAGUCACUGUGUUUUUACUGUUUGUAAUAUAUUUACUGAAUAAAUGUGUACUAAUAAUAUAUA